UUAAUUAAUUUUAAAAUAAUAAGAUAUAGCCGUGGCCUCAUGCAAAUGCCAUAAAAACGGCCAGGCCCCAACGUCCGGUCAACAGUCGUGGAAAAACCAUCAACAUGAAAUUCCUUAAUCUGCUGCUCAGCAUUUGCCUGAUCUUCGCGAUCUUCGCCCCCUGGACCAUGGGCCAGAGCUUCUCUACCCUUUCGCCUCCGAAUCCUACCCCGCCCACUGGAGCUCCCGUGGAUGGUGAUACCUCCUCCUCGCUAGGACCCCAAACUGCCGCACCUACUCCGGCCACUCCCGAAGUGGCCACAGUAUACCCCAUCUACUAAUUGGUGUUAUUAAUUAAAGAUUCCAAUUUGCAAUUAUA